AUGAAACAACUAGGACCAGAAGGAAUAGGAUAUGAAGGGGUAGUUUCAACACAAUUCGGUUUGACAUUAGAACAAAUAUUAUUCGAACAAAGAUUACUUGUAGAACCAAUACCUGGUCAAGAGUUUCCAAUUAAAGAUAAUUUAACUAAUGCAAAUGGUUUAGGAAAAGAAACAAGGAAAAGAUCUUUAUCCGAUAUUUUGGAAACAACUACCAAGUUGAAUAACACAGAAUAUCCAAUAACCACACCAAUAAAUAACCUUUUCCCGAAUGUAACUAUUAAUUCAGGUAUAAUUACCCAACAAACAAUUAAAGAAAAUGUGACAAAACCAGAGUGCAACAACCGAAUCUAG